UUUUUUGUUGUGUUGGUAGUCCACCUGUUGCUUGACGUUUGCCACGACUUGUCAGAACCCAACUUUAAUAAAUCGCGAAAAUGUUGAAUUAACUCGUCCAAAUUGCCAAAAACCUUGCAAUAAUGCAUUCCAAAGCAAUAAUUCUCCUUCUAGUGCUAGUGUCUAGUGAAUCUCAAUCAAUUCUCGAUGAGAGUUUUCUCACUUCACCCAAAUAUCACACCUACGAUGAGCUCACAAAUUUAUUUAAAAAAUUAGAGACGGAACAUCCCGAAAUCGUUAAAUUGCACAGUGUAGGCCGUUCUGUGCGUAAUCGUGAACUGUGGGCACUUGAGAUCAAUGCAAAUGUGGCCAAUCGGACGUUGAUGACCCCCAUGUUCAAGUAUGUGGCCAACAUGCAUGGGGAUGAGGCCGUGGGGCGCCAACUUAUGAUCUAUUUGGCCCAGUUUUUGAUCUACAACUACGGGAAGGACGAGAGAGUUACCAGAUUGGUUAAUACGACUGAUAUUUAUUUGAUGCCGUCCAUGAAUCCGGACGGCUUUGAAAACUCCCAGGAAGGUCUGUGUGAGUCAAAGCCAGGUUACAUAGGCCGCGAAAAUUCCAAUCACAAAGACCUGAAUCGUGACUUUCCGGAUCAGUUCGAUCCGGUUCGUACCGGUACAAUAUUAUCAGGGCGCCAACCUGAAACCAUCGCUAUCAUGACUUGGAUUAUUUCGCGCCCUUUUGUCCUUUCGGGCAAUCUCCACGGUGGCGCUGUCGUCGCCAGUUACCCUUUCGACGACUCUAGUUCAAGUCACGAGUGUUGUCAUGAGAGUAAAUCCCCCGAUGAUGCGAUUUUCAAAAAACUGGCCUUGACGUACGCGCAAGCGCACCCCAUUAUGAGAGGGGGGCGCGCAUGCCUGCCGGAUACUUUCAAUCAGGGGAUUACCAAUGGGGCGUUUUGGUAUGAAGUUAGAGGGGGGAUGCAGGAUUUUAACUACGUCCAUUCCAAUUGUUUUGAAGUCACUUUUGAGUUGAGUUGUUGUAAAUUCCCCCGUGCUAAAACACUGCCGUCCGAAUGGGGGAAGAACAAGGAGGCGCUUUUGAAUUUUAUGGAGGCGGUUCAUUGGGGGGUCAAAGGGGUGGUGCGGGACGGGAGGGGGGAGCCGGUGUUGGACGCCGAUGUUGUGGUUAAGGAGGUGGCUCAUAAUGUCUCCACCUCCAAUCGGGGGGAGUUUUGGCGGUUGUUGCUACCGGGGAAGUACACAAUGUUUGCCACAGCCUACGGGUUUGAGCCUUCGGACGAAGUUAGUGUGACAGUGGAAGAGGGGAAAACCACCGUUCAGAAUUUUACGUUGAAGAGGGCGCUGCCAAGCAAAGAUGAUUUUAAGGUCGUUGUUGACCGAAGCGGGCCGACUUUUGACGAGUACGGUUUUUUGUCAAGUGAUCAAUUGUUUAAGCACCACAACUACGACGAAAUGGUUGGUUUUAUGAAAGAAAUUAACUCGACUUAUCCCAAUAUUACACAAAUGCAUUCAAUUGGAAAGUCGGUUCAAGGUAGAGACUUGUACGUUAUGAUCAUAAGUUCGAAUCCGUUUAAACACGUCCCUGGCAAGCCUGAGUUUAAAUUUGUGGCAAAUAUGCACGGCAAUGAGGUAGUAGGCCGUGAAUUACUCCUCUAUCUUAUGAAAUACUUAUGCGAACACUACCAAGCCGAUGACAGGGUUACCAACCUGCUUGAAACCACUAAGAUUCACUUAAUGCCCAGCAUGAACCCAGAUGGGUACGAGGUGGCCCACGAGGGCGAUGCUGGAGGUAGUGAUGGGCGAGCCAAUGCCCAUGGAGUCGAUUUAAACCGGAAUUUUCCGGACCAAUACGUCACCAAUCAAUACAAUAGUCACACGGAACCCGAAACUCGAGCCGUGAUGGACUGGAUUCUUUCCGAACCUUUUGUACUAUCGGCAAACUUACAUAACGGCGCUCUUGUCGCUAAUUAUCCCUACGAUGAUAACAGUCCGGGUCGCAACGGCGAGAAUUUGGCGCCAGAUGACCCAAUUUUCAAAUAUUUGGCCCACAAGUAUGCCGAUGCUCACCGUUCAAUGCACGAGGGUUUACCAUGCCCCCUGUUCCCAAAGGAGCGCUUCCAGGAUGGUAUAACCAACGGGGCGAAAUGGUACGAAGUGACAGGUGGUAUGCAAGAUUGGAAUUAUCUAGUGGCCGGUUGUAUGGAACUCACUCUUGAACUCGGUUGUUUUAAAUAUCCUUGGGCCAAAGACUUGCCCAAAUAUUGGCUAGAUAAUCGCGAAGCCCUGCUCACUUUUAUGGAACAAGUGCAGCGCGGUGUGAAGGGUUACGUGCGCAGUACCAUUGGGCGGCCCAUCAAGGGGGCGAAAAUUAUAAUCGAAGGGGUGCGGCAUUACGUCAAGUCGCAUCAAGAUGGCGACUAUUACCGGCUUUUAUUACCCGGGAAGUAUAAUUUGACCGUGGAAGCGAUGGGUUAUGAGAGUUAUACGAACGAGAUUGAAAUACCCAAAGAGGGUAGUUUUGUGUAUAAUGUUAGUCUGAUGAGGGACGAUCCCUUGCAUUGGGCAAGUGCGUAUGACUUUGGACUAGGAGAAAACCAAUACAGUCCGAAGUACCACACCAAUAGCGAGUUGUAUGCAAUCAUGGGGGCUUUAGAAAAUCGGUACCCCAAUGUUGCGGCGUUUAAAAGUGGCGAUGAUUACGUCUCGAUGACGUUAAAGUCGCUCAAAAUCACACACGAGAUUGAUUCAUCCGACGAACUCAAAUUCCACAUUGCGAUCAUGGCCAACUUGUACGCCACUCAACCAUUGGGUCGCGAAUUGUCGAUUUAUCUGGCACGCCAUCUUUUGAGCGGCCACUCAAUUGGCAAUCCUGUCAUUGUCAAUAUUUUAAAUAACACAAUUAUACACGUAAUACCUGUCAUUGAUACGGCAUUCGAACAAAUCUGGGGUGGCUAUGAAAAACAAGCACCUGGCAACGCACGACCUGAUCACUACACCUGUAAUAAUAUCACAGCCGACUUUAAACAAGUCGGUGAUCAGGUCAUAGGGGGCGCCCGUGUCAACGGUGAACUCAAAUCGGUGGCUAACGCCUUCAAACAUCUCCUAAUGGAGGAAAAAUUCGAUUUGGUCUUGAACAUUGAAGGCGGCUCUGGACGAGUAAUUUACCCGAAAACUGGGACUAAAGUUAAUAUUUUCGAAAACUACGCGGAAAAAUAUUUAAAAUCGUUCAAAAACCGGCCAGAGUGUCACCGAAACGUCAAAGGAACCGAUCAGACAAUCACUGACGGUAUUUAUAGCGAGUUUGGCGUUCCGGUUAUAACCGGUAAAGUGACAUGUUGCGAGUAUCCUUCAGUUGUUGACAUUCCCUACAUUUGGCGUGAGGCUUUAGCGCCGCUAAUGACAGUUUUGACGUUUGCGACGACAGGCAUCCAGGGUUUUGUGAUCGACGAGCGCAAACAACCGAUGCGUAACGCAACCUUACGUAUUGUCGGUUAUAACCGGUUUGAUAUCACGCGCCAAAACGCCAAAUUUAAAAUCAUGUUACCGGAGGGACGCUAUAUUGUUGAAGUGUCGUGUCAUGGUUACGCCAACGCCACCUUUGACACGGCCGUGGAAAAUGGCAAAUUUGUUUAUUUGCCGGUGAUUUUGCAACGGAAUUUAAAUGAAACAACGCCUGGUAUCAGGGGUUAUGUCAGAGAUAGUUACAAUCAUCCGAUCGCAGCGGCUGUGAUUACAAUUGUCGAGAAAAAUUUAACAAUUGAAUCGGACAGUGAAGGGAAGUACAGUGUUGCCAUGGCUCCCGGGACGUACACUUUGAACGUGUCAGCGCCUGGCUUUCACCCGAGUGUUAAAUAUUUCACGAUAGAUGGCGUUGUGGGUUCACAUGUGGUGAUGUUUACUCUAGUCAAGGAUAAAACAGUGUGGGGUUUGCCCCGAUUGGCGUUUGUUAUUAUGAUGGGAUUCGUUUGUUUCGGCACUUUGGGCCUACUUUUGAUGUUUUACGUUGCCUGUAAAAGGAAGAGUGAAUAUGGACCGGUGUCCCAAAAUCCCUUCUAUGAAGAUUUCAAGGAUUUUGACGAAUCAAAGGAGACGGAAGUGUUUGCAAGACCGUUGCCAGUUAAGCCAAUCACAAGGCCCUAUUUUGAUGAUGAUGAUGAUACAGACGCUGAUGCGAGUUCUGAGGAUGAGGAGAAUGAGUUUGAUUUGUUGCAUUCCAAGUAGUUGAUAUUUUUUGAGCGUUUUUUACGAUCUCUAGUGAUGAAAUCUCUAAAGAAUUAUUUUUUUAACACUUUUUUGUACAUAGUUAAGAGUUAAAACAUCACCAAGUGAGGUGGUUAGUGCUUCCAUUUACAUAAGAGACCACUGUUGCAGUAUUUUAUCAAUAACAAGUUACUAAUAGUUUUCA